AUGAGGAGUAUUAUCAAUAAUCGCUCCCACCUGGCCGCUAUGCCCUACACACAUUGCUGCACACGGAUCGUCGACCUCUGCGACCUCGACCUCCCCGAAGAUGCGACGGAUGAAGAGUACCGCGCCAUCUAUCUCAAGUACAUUCUGUCGCCGCCACGCAGCGAAGCCAAUAACGCGAGGUUGCUCCGGGAUGCCGUCGAAUCCAUCCGACACGGUAUCGCCCCUCCAGUGGCUUUCCCCACGGAAACCGUUUACGGUCUCGGCGCGGACGCAACAAACGAGCCUGCUGUCUCGGGCAUUUUUGCCGCAAAAGGUCGGCCCAGCGAUAACCCGCUCAUCGUCCAUGUCUCUAGUAUCAAGCAUCUGGAACAGGUGACCGGACAGCCAUUGCCGGAGAUUUACUUGCCAGUAGCAGAGAGGUUUUGGCCGGGCCCUCUGACGAUCCUCCUCCCGGUGCCGUCGUCGGGAAUCUUUGCAAGAAACGUGCAUCCCUUCCAGUCGACGAUCGGAUUUCGCAUUCCAUCGUCAAGAUACGCUCGCUUCUUCAUCGCGGCAACCGGCAGACCCAUCGCGGGGCCGAGUGCGAACUCGUCUGGGAAGGCAAGCCCAACGACAGCACAACAUGUUUUGGACGAUUUGAACGGAAAGAUCAAUUUCGUAUUAGAUGGUGGGGGUUGUGAGGUCGGUGUAGAGAGCACAGUCGUGGAUGGGUUGCAUGAUCCGCCACUGAUCUUGAGACCAGGAGGUGUGAGUAUGGAGGAAUUGAGAAGCCUUGGGGUCGAAAUGGGCAAUAAGUGGGCGAGGACGGCGAUCGGAUACAAGAGGCAAUCUACAGGACCGUCGGAUGAGCCCAGAAAGGAUGACUCUACCGCCACCACGACCGCGUCGACGCCAUCCUCCCUGGGCGUGUCCGCGUCUUCAGGAAGCACAAGUGUGACCCACAUCGAUGGAUUUGUCACUUACGAAGACGACGUGAACGGUGCACCUCGCGCUCCAGGUAUGAAGUACAGACACUACGCGCCGAUGGGACGAUUGAUUCUGUUUUCUGAAAAUGCUGUACGAAAUGGUCGUGUGGCAGACAAGCUGGAUGAGUUGAUUGGCAACUGCCGAUCGCGUCCUGGUGUGGAUGGACAGGAGGGGCCUCAGGAAAUCAGGGGUGGAAUCAUAUCAUGCCACUGGCCAUCCUUUGCUGGACUGCCAGUCAAAACGAUUUCUACAAUGCCCCCAUCCACCAGCGCCCAUCCCGAAGCACUUUCAAACUCUGUCUAUGCACCAAUCACCUCAGUUGCGACAAUCACUGCGAAGAACAGCCCUGUCACUUUGUACAACGUUCACCUUGGGCCGGACAUUUCCACGCUGGCACACUCGCUCUUCGGCGUUUUGCGCCUGUUCGACGAGUUGGACUGCAAAUUCAUCUUCGCAGAGACUGUACAGCGAACUGCGCCCUUUCCAUCGCCUUCAUCUGUCCCAUGGGAAGCAUUCAACCAGCCCGGCCCUACAACGCAUAGUCAAGGAACGAAUGGCGGACAAGAACCCAGCCAUACGCGCCGGGACCUCGAAGACGCGGUGAUUGACAGGAUCGAGAAGGCAGCGGCUGAGAGGGUGGAUUGA